AUCUUGUUGUUGCUAUCGAAAUACAAAAGACGCCAGCCUACCAGAAAAAAAGCCACAAACAAAUUAAAUUAAUAAACAAAUGGAUAACGGCAAACUGAGCGCCGUGCGCGUUGGCGUUCGCGAAGCACCAUUUCGCUCGUUCCAUGGCCGCCAGGAGCCCAGCAUCGUGCAGUUCUCGCCGCUGGCCGGCAACUCACUGGUGGUGAAGCAAAACGAUUACCAUUUCGACCACGCCUUCCGCUCGAGCGUCAGCCAGCAACAGCUCUACGAUGCGCUCAUCGAGCCGCUGGUGGACAAGCUCUUCUGUGGCUUCCAGUGCACGACCAUGGCCUACGGCCAGACGGGCACCGGCAAGAGUUACUCCAUGGGCAUGGUGGCCGACAACCAGGUCGCCAACGAGGAGCAUCUCGGCGUCCUGCCGCGCUGCCUGAGAGACAUCCUGGAUCGGGUGGCCGCCCAGCAGGAGAACACCGCGGAGCGCACAAAGAUCUCCGCCUCCUUCAUCGAGGUAUACAACGAGAAGGCCUACGACCUGCUGGGCGCCUCCCCCAUGGACCCCAUGCUCUCCUCGCGCUGUCAGAGCCCCACCUGCAUACCGCUGGCCAGCCAGGAGGAUAUGCGGCGCCUGCUGCAGCUGGGUACCAGCAAUCGCCACGUGCGGCGCACCAACAUGAACGCGAACAGCUCCCGCUCCCACGCCAUUGUCACCAUCCAUGUGCAGCGACAGGGCGGCCAGAUAUCCCGCAUGAACAUCGUCGAUCUGGCCGGCUCCGAGGGCUUGCGGCGCACCGGGCACGAGGGCGUGGCACGCCAGGAGGGCGUCAGCAUCAACAUGGGCCUGCUGAGCAUCAACAAGGUGGUAAAUGCCAUGGCGGCCGGCCAUGCGGUGAUCCCCUACCGCGACAGCGUCCUCACCACAGUCCUGCAGGAGUCGCUCACCUCGCAGUCGUAUCUCACCUUGCUCGCGUGCAUCAGUCCGCACGACUGCGACCUGAGCGAGACGGUCUCCACGCUCCGCUUCGCGAAGAGCGCCAAGCGGCUGCGCCUCAAUCCCCAGCAGAUGCAGAUGGCGCGCACCCACCAGCUGCAGCAGAAGGUAAGCCCAGAGCUCUGCCUAGAUGUAGUCGCUGUCCACGCAGUCGAGGAUUACCUCGCGCAUGCGAAGCUUGUAGAGCUGCUCGUUGCCGGUGCCCAGGAAGCCGGCACCCUGCAGGUUGGUGCUGCCCCCCGCUUCGAUCAUCUCGCUGAUGGCCUGCAGAUCGGGCACAUCCUGGCCGCGCAUCGUCACGAUCGGCAGCACCAUCAUGGCAAGGAGCAGGCCCACGGCGGCCUUCGUGCGCAGCUGCUCGGCGAACGCCUCCCGCGGCAGCAGCUGUUCCACGGACUCACCCAGCCUGACAGAGAGGACGAGACGAAACGAAACGAAACGAGACUGGCAUUAGAUGGGAUUAGGUGUGGCUGUGAAUGUGGGGCGCCUGGUCACCUGGUCAGCUGCUGUCCCAACUGGAGAUGGUACUCCUCGAGCAUGUCCUGCAGGUGGCUCUGGCGAAAGGAGCGCGUGGUGCAGUUGUCGCCCUUGGCGCUGGCCCGCUCCAGAUGCUGGCUGAGCUCCGAGCUCACGGGCAGCAGGCUCUGCUCCGGCCAGAGCUCUGCGAUCAGCUGCCUGAGGCACAGGGUCACGCACUCAUUGGGGAGAUCAUCCUGGGUCUGCUCCGGCUCCUGUCCCGUCGGCUUCUGCUCCCUCUGCGACUCCAUGCUGAACUGCGCCACAGGCGGCCAAUCGAGCGACUUUUAUAGGAUGUCUCGGGGAAACCGCAGCCACCGCAACAACCGCAAGCGAUCGAUCGUCAAUAGAUGCACCUCGUCUCAUGUUUCCCCUUUUCAAUUGCAGCAAUUCCCGGACGCCGUCACGCCGCACGCCUUCCGGCGGGGGCUGACCAGUUCGACGACCAUCAAGCUGAGCAGGCCGCCGCAGAACGGUUCUGGCGCCCCCGUUCAGAACAGUACCUACCUGAUGCCGCCCAAGGCCAAGGCGAGCCUGCCCCUGCACCAGAUGCAGCGCACACGAUCCGAGAUGGGGCUGACGCCCAAGGCCAAAAAGCGGGCCUUAGAGGAACUGCAGCUGGAGAUGACAUUGGACGCGCCAUCGGUCAGCGACGUCUCGGAGAUCAGUCUCUUUCAGCAGAAGGAGGAGAAGCCACUGCCACUGCAGCGCACACGCUCCGAGCUGGUAAUGACGCCCAAGGCCAAGAAGAGACCACGCGAUGAUGAGCUCCAGCUGGCGGCAGAGACGACAUUGUUGGUGCCAUCGUGCAUGCAUUUCUCGGACAGCAGCCUCACGCUGACGCAGGAGAAGGACUCCAAGGCAAUGGGCCCCCCACAGCCUCCGACCACUGGCAGGAGUGUCUUCCACUCCUCUGUGCUGAGCAUACCAGAGGAGCCGGGCUCACAGCCACAGCAGCAGCAACCCAUGAGCGGCCUGCUCUUCAACAGUACCUGCAGUCCGAUCGUUUCGCAAGCGGCUGGCCCAUUUGAGUUGAGCGGCAUCCAGCCGCUGGAGACCAGCGCGAGGCCGAUGCUCCAUGUAAGACGCUCCGCCCGCCUGUCCAGCAUGUACAACACGAUGCAGUCUCCUCCGUCGGAGCAGAAGCAGAAGAAUGAGAGCCUGCUGCGGCGCAGCAUGAGGCUGGCGGUUAAAUCGGAGAAGGGCGUCGUCCAAACCAAGGACUUGUUGGCCACACAGAACUCGGUCAGCGUAUUGACAGGCCGUGGCGUUCGCUCGAAGGCGGCCGCGACAUGCUGGAUGAGCAAGCAUCGGGUCAAGUUCCUGGAUUUUCUCAACACGGCGGAGGUCCGCGAGCUGCAGAAGAUGCCCGGCAUUGGCCCCAAGACCGCCUUCUCCCUGGCUAUGCAGCGAUCCCGGCUGGGCGGCUUCCAGAGCCUGAGCCAGGUCGGGGGCCUACCCAUCUGGGCCGGCAAGAAGUGGCUGCGCGUGUGCCAGGCCAACUGCUUGGAUCCGUAGCGAAGCAGAGCGAAUCAUUCCAUCCCAGACGAACCUAAGAACUUUUUUUGUACGUGUAAUAGUCCUCUCAAUGUUAAAUUUUUUUUUUUUUUUUAUUUUUGUAUGUUUUAUUUAAGCGAGACCCGACCCUGUAAUAUUUUAUAUAAACUAGCAAUAGGGUUAAAUUAAGGAAGCAGUAAGAAUCAUCACAGAAGCGGACAGUAAACUGAAUAUUAACUAAGGAACUAUGAAAACGGUUGGCAUUGCGGGACUCUGUUUUAUAUAGUCUCGAUCGUAAGAGUCAACUCUCGCUCUCCGAAUGAAAAUUAUAAUAAUUUAAGACGUGAUUUUGUAACACCUCUACCUUUAAGUGAUCCUGUAAUAUUUGAUGUAAACUAGCAUAAGACCGUAACCCCGGUUCCCCAAUUAAAUUCCCAUCAUAUAUAUAUACAAACGAAAUGAGUCAUA